AUGCCGCCAAAGAAGACUACCUCAACCAAGGAUUCUUCAAGAGCUGGGUCCAAGCAAGCUUCUAGCGGACAAUCGAAUGCUAAAGGUGCUUCAAAAGGGAAGGGAGGGGCAAGGGCGCCCUCUAAAUUACAGAAGACCAAGAAAUCGGGAUCUGUUAAGAAUAUUUCUGAUAAGGACCAGUUGCCUCCUUCAGAAGCACAUGUCCCUAAGGUAUUUGCACCCUUCGAGCCCCCGCAUCCAUACAAGCUGAUUCCUGACAGUACCGAAACCCGCGGGCUUCAGGGAAAACAUUUAUGUACACAUCCAAGCAGUAGUACACCACACGUCUUCGUGUCAUUCUGCAUAGAAGGUUUGGAAGAGGGCCCCAAGCGCGACCUAAAACAGCGCUACAACAACCUUAAGCUAUUUCGACACGAGAACCUUAGAACAUAUGAUCACUUCUAUGACGGUUUCUUGACAUCUACUGGGGCUGUGUCUGACUAUCUUGCCGCUAGCUAUGAACCCUGUGAACCAAAGGGCCAUACGCUCAAAGAGAUAUGCAGCAUGUACCAGAAUAAGGGGCAGCUCAUCUGUGAGUCGACGUUAUGGGACAUUGCCGCUCAGCUGUUCAACCUUCUUGCCGUCAUGCACAGCCCGUUGGACCUGGAGAUUAAAAGUGGAGCUAGACAUUCAUUCGGUGCCGGGGAAAACCAUCAGUCGUUGCCACUUCCCCAUGGAAACCUUUCUACAUCAACUAUUGUGUGCGACUAUUCAUCUCGUUCAGACUAUGAGCUCACCGUGGGUCUGCCCUUACUCAGUGGGUAUCGCAAUUUAGAGGUAGGGGUAUCAGAUGGUGAGCCGGAAUCGCUUAUUUUGAUAACUCCAGAGGAUGAUAUCCGGGACGCAGGAAUUAUACUGCAUGAGUUGGCGACCUUUUCUGAAGCAGGAAAUAUCCCAGUUACAUAUUCUUCUAACUUUCAGUCAUUUCUGCGUUCACUAACAUCAAAAGACCCUGCAAAACCUCUUCCAAGUGCUUCCGAAAUAUUGCUGCUGCGUGAAGUCCAGGGAAUUAUAUACCGACGCACAGCUCCGUCUGAGCAAAAGCUUCACGAGCUGCUUUCCAAGACAUCGCUGAAGGUCGAUACGCAUACGGAGCCGGAUGUUGAACAGGCUACUCUUUUGGAUGCACCAGUUAGUCCUGACGAGGAUGGAAAUACGCCGCUACACCUGGCGGUGCAGGAGGCUAGUCUCAACGACUUAAGUAAGUUAAAGGGCUAUGCAGGACGACGAAACAAGAAAGGCAAGACCGCUCUAAUGAUUGCCGUAGAGAUGGAUGCCAUUGAUGCUGUGAGGGAAUUGGCGCCUCUUGAAAGUAAUUGCUUCUUGCUAGAUGGGACAACAGCUUUAAGUCUUGCACUCGAGCUGGAGCAUCUUGAAUGUGCUGCUAUUCUCCUGAAGUAUGAAGGAAUAGAUAAUCGCGCUCCUAACAUAGAUGGCAACGGGGUUACAAAUUUAAUGAGAGCAGCAGAGAACAAUGACCUUGUAGGGGUCUGGUCAUGGCUUCCACGGCAGUGUAAGUAUGCAGACAAUCAAGGGCAGACCGCCUUUAUGCGUGCGGCGGCAAUUGGCAACCUUAAGUUGUGCAAGCUUCUUAUGCAGUCGGAAGCAGGAAUGCGUGACAUCAAUGGUCGAACAGCGCUUAUGCAUUAUGCUAUUACUGGGGGGAGUGUCUCAUUGGACGAGUACGAGGCUUAUCAUUUAGCAUAUCCUAGCACAAUAGACAUUCCAUCGGAUAUGUCUAUCAUGUGCAGCCAAUCUAGCACGCGAUCUUUCCCUCCGCCUGCAGAUAAUACUCUUCGCUCAACUACUGCUUUAUCAACAUCGGCACUAAGUACGUCUACCGAUCUGCGCAGGCUCAAAAGAAGUCGUUUCCAUCAAGAAGUUUCCGUCAACUCUGAGUUACUUCAACUCCUGUGCUCUCUCGAAGGUAACAUGACAGACAAAAAUGGAAGGAACGCACUAUACUUGGCCAUCGCGGUCAACAACAUGGAAACUGCCCUGGCGCUUGUCCCUUAUGAGGGUCCAGAGCCAGUGUACGUCAGAGAGUCCUCGUCUAAAGAUUUACAGUUAGGACAUAGCCAAGACGGGACUGUUAGUACUGAUACGAGCACCUUCCAUCUCUGUUCUCCUGAUAAGUACCCUAGUGGGUUCACAGAUCUGAUGGAUGCUGUCCUGGAGAAUGACGUAUAUCGAGCAUUCUGCUUCAUGCAAACUCAGUCAAAGCGGUUCGACUCUAGCGGGUUUUCUGCACUUAUGUAUGCAGCUUAUAAUAAUCGUCCCAUGCUCUGCCGCCUUCUUGCUAUUGAGGAAGCAAAGCUACAAGCCUACGUGCACACGAAUCCGAACAACUUCUAUUCGUGUAACAAAACGGCACUGAUGGUUGCAGCAGAGGCAGGCCAUAUUGAGUGUGUGCGGAUUCUGGCUCCAUAUGAAGCGUGCCUCACUGAUUCAGAAGAUAAGACUGCGCUUAUGUAUGCAGCAUCGAAUGGGUAUGAAGAGGUGGUAAUGGAGUUACUUCAACGAGAGUCUGGAAUGCAUGCGGGACGCUUUAACGCAACAAGUUAUGCGAUUAUGAAUGGACAUUACAAAAUAGCUAAUAUCUUGCUUGCCAGUGAAAAGGACGCAAAUGAUAAUUACGUACGAGCAGCAGAGCAGUUGCGGAGCGCCUCAGACUCCUUGCGUACGACCCCUCUGAUGCUCGCCGCAAAGACGGGAGACAUUUCCUCUGUCUUUAACUUUAGAAACCAAUAUAUUAAGAUGGUGGAUGCACGUGGAAUGACUGCUUUGCUCUACGCGUGUGAGUUUGGCUGCAGGUACUGUGUUCACCUUCUGAAGGACGAGGCACACAUAUAUAGAAAAUCCGACGGUUUAACUCCUCGGGCCCUUGCAGAGGAGCACCAUCUGGUGGACUGCUACGAUGAUCUUCCUCCGAUCACUGUCAGAGAUAACCGCGGAAACACACAGCUUCAUCGUGCUGUUCUGGAAAAUAAUAGCACUGAUCUUCAGCGGUAUUGUCAUCUUGCCAGGGAACUAAACUCCGCUGGAUUGACGUCCCUGAUGCUUGCAGCGGCAAAUAAUAAUGUUGAGGCAGCAAGUUUGCUAGUGAAUAGAGAAGGGGGGAUUGUUGCAAAGAAAUACAAGGUGACAAAUCUUCUCUGGACGGAAGUUACGGCCAUGAUGAUCGCUGCCGCACUGGGACAUCAUGAAAUAGUUCAGAAGCUUGUCUGCAAAGAGGCGAAAAUGUGUGAAAAGACAGAAGGGCGCACAGCGCUCAUGGCCGCAGCAGCUCUUGGGAGGGUUGAUGUUGUUCGAGUACUAUCUGCACACGAGUCACACAUUCAAAAACACGAUGGGUGGUCGGCGCUGAUGUACGCUGCAGCUUAUGGAUAUGGAGAUUGCGUAGAGUAUCUUCUUGAUGAGGUACGUCUUACAGCUGAUGAUGGCUGGACAGCACUGAUGUGCGCAGCAAAGAAUGGACACAGUGACAUAGUAAGGCAACUCAUUGAGUAUGAAAAGGGAAUGCUCAAGAGCAAGAAGUACCCUGCUCUUUACUAUGCUAUUGUUAGUGGCCACAUUGACUGCGUGAAGUUACUUCUCCCUCACGAGUACAGCUUCUGUAAAGCGCAUAUCAUAAACGAGAUACGGACCAGAAAGAGUGUGCCCCAGGAAACCCUUGCGGAGCUAUCAAAUUUGUUACGAAGUCAAGAGCUCUCUGCUAUGUGCGAUCAAAGCGGCUCUAAUCAAAACGAAGAUAUUGAUCGCAUCAUCACGGUCGAUGGGGCUGACGACCCAGAUAUUAUGAAUACUGAGGCCUCUGAAAAAUGA